UUUCGGGGGUGAAACAUUUGUUUUCUUAAAAAAUACUUAUUUUAGCAUGCAAAUGCUUAACACAAUCAAAAUAUCAAUAAAACAGAAACUAAACAACAGAGACCAACGACGCUUGGCACGGAUCAAGUUUGGUGAACUUUUACAAUAAAUAUGGGGUUUUGUAAACACCGUUCGUCAGUCAUUGAUUCACUGCCCGUUGUCGAGAGGUUAUUUAGAGUGAACGUAUGCUCUCUCCGCCGGGACCCCAAAAAGACAAAAAAGUGGCCGUGAGUGGAGGUUCAACUGUAGCAAUCAUUUUCAUUAAUGUUCAUAUAUUUAUACAAUCACACUCACCGAAGUCAGCUGUGCUUUCCUUUUUUAAGCAUUUUUUUCUCUUGGCUUUCGUGAAUGUAGUCCCUUGUUUCUACAGCAAAGUGAUCGAAUAGGGCGAGAUCAACUUUACUCCCGCGCGCUUUCCACGUUCUGUUUCCCUUCCAACCUCAAAAGACGCUUCGCGGGAGGCACUCGUGAAAAGAAAGUCCCCCUCCUCCAACCAUACCCCCGGGUGUACGCUCCUUCUCGAGUCAGUCUGAUAUUGUUUUUACUUUUUUGCUAGAUAGACCAGAUAGCUACUCAUCCGCGAUCGGCUUCGCUAUCUGUGGAUUCAAUUAUGACAUAAUCUUUAUUAAUAGUUGUUAAUUAUCACCAAUUACAACAAUGUCAUAAUUGAAUGAUGCCACCAACUACGUCAUAUGACCGGCACGCCCUUCGAACUAAGAUUUCGCGUCGAUUUCGAAUCGAGACAACAUGACAGCGACGACAAGAAAACGAAAGAAACAGAAUUAUAUUCCUCUGGUGCUCGAAGCCGUAAAAGCGUUAGCUGAAGGGAAAGAUCGUGGAGUUUCGAGGCAAAAUAUCGUGAAAUAUUUGGAAAGAAAGCUAAAUGAUGGGACAAACAGUGUGAACAAUUCGUCAUCGCCGGAUGAGGCAGCCAUUAAAUCCGCCAUUCUAACAGCUUUAAAUUCUGGUUUGCUUGUUCAGUCAAGUGGGGUUGGCCUGAAUGGAUCAUAUGUGCUAAAUUCAGGUCGUAAUAUACGCUGCGACAAGCAGAAAGCUAUCAUCACAAAAGAAGCAAAGUUGAGGAACCUUAUUUCGUUGGCCGACCAAUUCCACGAAUCAACCUCCAAUCAAAGCAGGCGGUCCAAGGUGGAGAAUUCGUCCAAACGACACCGUAUUACCAAGCGCGGCUUACCCUCAGGUGAUUUGUUGGAAACAGUCGACCAAUGUGAGACUGCUGAAAAAAUCACAACAUUAAAGACAAUAUUGAAACCACCUAGCAAGAUCAAAAAGGCCUCCAAAGUGAAACUUAAGGGUGGAUCAAGGAAAGUGAAGUUUCGUUCACCAGCAAAGGUAAUUUUGAUUUCGCCCAGCAUCAAAAGAAGAUCACAGAGGCGGAAGUAAAGUGAAAGUUGGAGUGCAUUCCUGAAUAUAUCGUGCAGAGGAACUCCAAAAUACCAAACGCUGAGCGAGGAGGAAAAAGCUAUGCCACAGUGGCACGUCGUUGGGUCAAAACAACCAGGAUUUUACAUCAUAAUUUUUUUAAGAUAUGGACACAAACUAGUUAUGGAUCGAUGUGUCCCCCUUGUGUUUCGGACUCUUUGAAACAAUAUUGGUGACCAGCUCUCAUGGAGAUGGUGACGUCAUAAUAACAGGUGUAGCACUAAUUUGGACAUUUUGAAUGCUAAGCCUGCCCUUGGAGUCAAAAGCUGACUGUUCAUAUUUUAACUGAUCUAAGUAAAACUAGACACAGAACAAGCGAUGCAUGGAGAAUCAUGCUUGACAGAUGUGAUUGAUGAAUUCAGAGGGUCUUUUUAUCUUUUCCCCAGGAGUACAUAAGAUGUUUAUGUCCUUCAGAUGUAACUGACAUGUUGAAUAAUAAAGAUUAAGUCCUUAAUAAAUAUGAAGUCCAGGAGGAGGGGAAAUACUAACUAAUUAUAUAUUAUGUAAUAGAGGAGUCUUCAAUUGAGUGUCAUCAAACCAAAACCAAACCAAUUACUUUCUAGUUAGACU